UCUCUACCUUCCUCUAGAGCUUAAGGUGGAUAAUAGUAAGGUGCAAUGGGACAACCUAAGCAACUUGGAGACACUAAAAAACUUUGAUGGAGAACAAUGGGAUGUACAAGAUUUGGCCCAGUUGACCAAGCUUAGGAAAUUGCUUAUAAAAAAUAUCAAAAGCUUUAAAGAGUUUGUGAUGAUCCUCAAUCCCUCCUGUCCCAUUUCAAACAACCUUGAGUCCUUGGUUUUGGAUGAAGUAAGGGCCACCAUGGAAGAAACAGAUCUGAGGCAAUUAUCGAUAUGUCAACAUCUUUAUAAGCUAUACCUAGGAGGAGAAAUAAGCAAUCUACCUGAGCACCACCACUUGCCUCCGAACCUCACCAAGUUAACCUUGUGGGAGUCUCGCCUAAGACAGGAUCCGAUGCCAAUUCUGGAGAGGCUUCUUAACUUGACAACCCUGUACUUAUGCUCUAAUUUUUACUCUGGGGAGGAAUUGGUUUUCUCUGCAAAUGGGUUCCCUCAACUCAAAUAUUUGCAACUUUUCGCUGUCUAUGCCUUAAAAAGGUUGUGGGUGGACAAAAGUGCAAUGCCUAGUCUAAAGCAUUUAUCGAUUGACGCAUGCUUAUCAUUGGAAAUGGUUCCUGAAGGGUUGAGAUAUAUCACUACGCUUCAGAUAUUGGAAAUUGGGUCUAUGCCCAAUGAAUUCAUGCAGAGGCUUCAAGUGAUAAAUGGAAUAGAAGGGGAGGAUUUCUACAAAGUCCGACACGUGCCCUCCAUCUCAUUCAUAGAUUAUUGGGAUGGGUGAGUAUCUAAGGAGAGGCAGAAACCCAUGAAGAAAAAUUUGGAUUGCAGAUUCAGUCCAAUGGGAAUGGAUUAUGGAGAAGUAAUGGUAAAUGGCAAUUGUUACUUGUUAGCAAGCAGCCUAGUUGGAAUAAUGACGGAGUCCUCCACCUUUCACUGAAUCAUGCAUGUUAUACAUCCUGGAUGCGGCUCCGUUACUGUCUUAUCAACUAUAUUAAGCGUGCUACUACAUGAUAUUAGAUUUAUUUUAUCUGAACACAAUAUUCCAACGAUUUUUUUCUUUCUUUCUUUCUUUUCAAUUGGUGUGUUGGCUUGUUUAUGACUGAAUCUGGUAUUGUUUUUUCUGAUGGUUGUGACUUUGCAUCUGUGGUCAUGUUGUGUGCCAAAAGAAAAUGGAUAUUUCAAUAAAAUUCCCCCUUGUUUCUUUGGUUUUUUUUAA